CCAGGUACUGCGCGUCUCCUCUCUGCUUUCAUCUGGGUAAGAACAGAUUGAAGUGCAGUUGGAGUUGGCAAUUUAGGGGACGUUGCCAGGGGCCGGUGGGAUGACGACCUACCGAGAGGAGGCUGAGCUGGAGGCUGAGUUCUACCGGACCACAACCUAUGACUAUGAGGUUGCACCGCCUUGUUCUAAAACCAGCAUCCGGAAUUUGGGGGCCCAGAUCCUGCCCCCAUUGUACUCCCUGGUGUUCAUUGUUGGCCUCCUGGGAAACAUGGUAGUCAUUGUGAUCCUCACCAAGUACAGGAGGCUCGGAAUCAUGACCAACAUCUACCUGCUCAACCUGGCCAUUUCUGACCUGCUCCUCCUCUUCACGCUGCCCUUCUGGAUUUCCUACCUUGCGUGGAAUAAGUGGGUGUUUGGCCAUCUCAUGUGUAAGCUCCUGUCUGGCCUGUACUGCAUGGGUUUGUACAGUGAGAUCUUCUUCAUCAUCCUGCUGACCAUCGACAGGUACCUGGCCAUCGUUCACGCUGUGUUUGCUCUGCGAGCCCGGACUGUGACUUUUGGUGUCAUAACCAGUGUCAUCACCUGGGGUCUGGCGGGGCUCGCUGCCCUUCCUGAGCUCAUCUUCCAUGGGACCCACGGGCACUUCGAAGAACUUAGCUGCGAUGUUGUCUACCCGCAUGAUGAAGAAGACCACUGGAAGCGUUUCCAAGCUCUCAGGAUGAACAUCUUCGGCCUCAUGCUCCCUCUGGUUCUCAUGGUUUUCUGCUACACGGGAAUCAUUAGAACCCUGCUUAGAUGUCCCAAUAAAAAGAAGUACAAGGCCAUCCGGCUCAUUUUUGUCAUCAUGGUGGUCUUCUUCAUUUUCUGGACACCUUACAACCUGGUUCUUCUUUUCUCUGCCUUUGAAGUGAGCUUCUUGGACAACUGUGAGGGGAGCAAACAGCUGGACCUGGCCCUGCAGGUGACAGAGGUGAUCGCCCACACCCACUGCUGCGUCAACCCCAUCAUCUACGCCUUCGUGGGCGAGAGGUUCCGGAAGUACCUGCGCCACUUCUUCCACAGGCAUGUGGCGGCCUACUUGAGCAAGUACCUCCCCUUCCUCCCCGGCGAGAAGCUGGAGAGAAGCAGCUCCAUCUCCCCGUCCUCCGGGGACCCGGAGCUCUCCGUGGUGUUCUAGAUCUGGUGCCAAAAGCUGCCUUCGGAUGGAGACCGCGAGCUCAGCGGCGUCCUCCUCAUUAGC